CAUCAGACGCGCAGCUUCUCGCAGCACCAUGACGACCCCAACAAAAGGCAAUAGCAAUGCUCGACAACGAAAGAAGGGAGGAACCAGUGCCGAGGCGUCCGCGGCGACACCGUCAAAAGCCAAGCCUGGAAGGGACCAUAACGUGCACGCAACCCCCAGCCACUCGCACUCGCACUCGCACUCCCAGUCUCAGCAGCACCGGCAAGGACCGCAUGCUGCCCAACCAAAAUCGGAGCGGCGUCUGGUGCUAUGGCUGGCGGCGGCGGGGGUGGUGCUGCUGCCGCUGGUGCUGCUGCCGCCCGCACUAAUGGUGGAGGAGGGCCCAGUCGCUGAGCUUCUGCACGACUCCCUGGGCCUGCCUCGCCUCAAUGCCUACCUACCGCCGCUCCCCUCCAUCGUAGCCCUGGACUCAUUGCUCGCCUCCGCUGGCUUCGCCGUGCCCUCCUCCGCCCUCAACGGCACCAGCGCCGCCGCCGCCGCCGCCAACAGCAGCGCCUAUAACGGCCUGCUGGCGCUGUUCGGCGUCACAGGCGACAUGGCAUCAGCCGGCAUGGAUGGUCUGACUAGCCGUACAGUGACGGCGGCGCAGCAGCUGCGGGCAUUCCUAGCACAGCUGCCCGCGCUGAGCAUACCCGGCGGCCCGGCGGCGACUGGCGGGGGGCCCGCUGGAGCCGGUGCCGGGGCGGGUGCGGGUGCGGGGGCAGAGGUUAAUGCCACGGCGGCUGCGGAUGAGGCUGCGGGGCUGCGGCCGGGUCAGCUGAUGGCGCGGCGCGGCUACCGAGCCAAACACCCGGUGGUCAUUGUGCCAGGCUUUGUGACCUCGGGUCUGGAGCUGUGGCGGGGCCUGCCAUGUGGCCAGCGCUACUUCCGACAGCGCAUGUGGGGGACCCUGGCCAUGGUGCAGGCCUUCCUGACGGACGCGGCGUGUUGGUUCCGCCACAUGGAGCUGGACACAGUGUCGGGCCUGGACCCGGAGGGCAUCAAGCUGCGCGCCGCGCUGGGGCUGGAGGCGGUUGACUAUUUCAUACAAGGCUACUGGGUGUGGGGCAAGCUGGUGGAGGCGCUGGCUGACGUGGGGUACGACAGCAACAGCCUAGUCAGCAUGCCGUACGACUGGCGGCUGGCCGUGCCGCUGCUGGAGGAGCGCGAUGGCUACUACACGCGGCUGCGGCGCACCAUCGAGCAGCUUGUGGAGCUGACGGGGGAGCGGGUGGUGGUCACCAGCCACUCGUACGGAGAGAACGUGUUCCGCGCCUUCAUGCACUGGGUGGAGGCCGCCGCCGCGGAGGAGGAGGAGGGCGGCAAGCAGCCGCGCUCGGGCGGCGGCAGCGGCCACAGCGGUGGCGGCUGGGUGGACCGCCACAUCGCCAGCACCAUCAACAUCGCCGGCACCAGCCUGGGCGUGCCAAAGUCCGUGUCUGCGCUGCUGUCGGGCGAGACACGCGACACCGCCCAGCUCGGGGCCCUGGCGGGCUUCCUGACCUCCAACAUGGUCCCGCGCGCCGCCCGCACCCGCGUGUGGCGCAGCUGGGGAGCCUCCUACGCCAUGCUGCCUGUGGGCGGGCCGGGCGUGUGGGGCAACGCCUCCUGGGCGCCCGACGACACGCCCGAGAUGCGGGCCAACCGCCGCACGUUCGGCUCCAUGGUGUCUCUGUGGCCGCACAACUGGCAGGCGCUCAUGGCCGCCGCCCCGCAGCAGCAGCGCGAGCAGCUCAGCCAGCUGGUCGCCGAGGUCAGCCAGGACGUGGAUGCGGGCAGCGGCAGCGGCAGCGGCAGCGGCAGUGGAAGCGGCAGUGGAAGCGGAAGCGGAAGCGGAAGCGGAAGCGGAAGCGGAAGCGGCGAGGAUGCUGUCAAUGGAACUGGCGGUGCCGGCAGUGCCGGUGGUGCAGCGCUAGCUCCGGCCGAGGCAGCGGCGGUCGGCACUGCGGGUGGCGGCGACAAUGCUACGGCUGCCACGGCUGUAAACAGCACCACAGCCAGCAACAGCACCGGCUCUGCAGGCACCGGCAGCAGUGGCAGCGGCGGCAGCAGCAGCAGCAAGGCCAUUGCGGCGAUUGCGGACACAAUUAAGAAGCUCGUUGGGGGCGGCGUUGAUGCCGCAGAAUUCCUCAACAGCGACCAUGUCACACGGCUGGACGUGUCGGGGUUCAUCGCACUGCUGCGAGAGGUGGGCGGCCCCCUGGUCAGCGCCAACAUCGCGCAGUGGGGCGCACUGCAGCUGCCGGCGGAGGAGGCAGCCGAGGCGGUUCGUAAGCGCGCUGCCGCUGCCUCAGACCGCGCCGCCCCUGCCGCCGCCGGCAGCCCCGCGGCACAGGCGGUGGGCGGAGCCGACAGAGUCAAGGACUCAACCGCUGGCGGUGCCGGCGCAGCCGGGAUCGGGCGUGGCGGCUCUAGCGCGGGUAGCGGGCGGGUGGCUCUGUUUCCUGACGCCACCCGCACGCCGCUCCCUAGCGCUCCCAAGACAACAAUGGUAUGCCUCUACGGCGUUGGACUGCCAACGGAGCGCGGGUACCACUACCUCAGGCCACCGCCGCCGACCGGCGCCGCGGCCACCGCAACUGCUGCGGCCGCGAAUGCGCCGGCGGGCAACGCCGCCGCCGCUCCGGCGGCGGACGCACAGCCACCGCCGCAGGCCGCUGGGGGCGGUGACGGUGACGGCAUGGCGACAACGGACGGCACUGCGGAGGCUGAUGCGGAGAGGGGGGUGCCGCCGCGGGGCGCCACCGCAUCCGGGGAGGAGGCUAACCCGGACGCGGGCGGCGAUGCCUCAUCGGGUUGGAUGAUCAUGAAAGACGUCACGCAAGCGCAGAGCGCGUUGGACGUGGGGGUGCACAUCAGCGACGGCGACGGAACAGUGCCGCUGCUGAGCCUGGGGCUCAUGUGCCGCGGCGGCUGGCGGGAGGCGGGGCACCUCAACCCGGGAGCCAUGAGAGUGGUGACCCGGGAGUACAAGCACAAAGCCGUGUCGAUGCUUCAGGACGCAAGGGGCGGCCCCGCUGCCGCCGCGCACAUCGACAUCCUGGGCAACGACGCAGUGCUGCGGGAUGUGAUCACGGUGGUGGCGGGCCGGGCGGAUGAGCUGGCGGACAUUGUCGUCAGCGACAUAGACCGCAUCGCAGCCGCCGUGGACUGGGCCGCACUGGCCGCCUGAGGGAUGCGUGGUGCCUGGAUCGCGAGAAGGCGCGGCCUUGAGUGGUCUAGCAGGGGCGGACUGGGGGAGGGUAUAGGGGGAAGGGGUUGGCUGGAAGUCAGCGGCGGUGCGCAGGUGUUUGCGCUGGCCCGGGUGUGUGUUGCUAUCGUUUUGGGUUCUUGAUGUUGCAGCGAGAUUGAUUGCAGGUUCCCUGCGAGUGCAGCUAGCUUGCGGCGGUGAGACCAAUGGCCGUGGACCAGACACGACGUUGCUUAAUAUGCAAAGCGCGGAGAUGGCGAGAGCCUGCGGUUGUCGGCGGUCGGUCAAUGACAGGCCGAGGGAGAGGGCUGUGGCGCGUAUCUUAGGUGAUGUCGUCAGGCUGUACGGGUCCGACCGCUUUUGGAGGCAAGGAUGCACAGCCGGGCAUCG